AUGCACUUUGACCUGGACAAUAUCCGGCCUAAUUUCGACUGGUUCAAUAUUGUGGCGUAUGAUCAGCAUGGAGCCUGGGACGCGCAAUCUCAGUCUAUCGGUCCAUUCAUCGUAUCGCACACAGAUCUCUGGAUAACGCCAGGUUUGGGCCAUGGACCAGUGCGAUCAAGACGAAGACAACGGCCUCGCAUUGGCCAAAAGCGUCACGACGGGCAAGAAGAUGCCAACCAGAUAAGCCAGAAGUACAAUGGUGGGAUUUAUAGUUACUACUACAACGAGUUUAAUUCGAUGCCAACUAAGGAGGAACUUGAGAAGAAGGCCGAGGAGCUUGCCGAUGAGGCAGCGCUAAAUAUUACCUUCAAAGCCUUCUGCAGAACCAUUGUACUGGUUUUGCUGCCACCUAUGGAGUUUAUCAAGGCUAUCAUUCCCAUCAUUGGGGAAAGUCUCGAUAUCGCUGGACUUGGCUCAACGCCUGCUCUGAUCCAGUUGGGCACAGAAGGCAUCGAAAAGGAAGUGCACAAGUCCACCAUGAUCGAGACCAACAGGGGCAUCGACACCGAUUGGGAGGAGGCUACAUUACCUGUGAAGUCGCCGCCCGAGGCCUUGGUCGCUUCGCCUAGCCCUGAGAUGAUGGGGAAUAGUGAAGAGAAGAAAGCUGCGCCUAGCUUACUUUGA